UCAUUAUUCCUCGAACGUACAUGAGCAACAACUAACAGAACGAGAGAAAGCUCACCCGCCGAAACAUGCGUGAAUGUAUAAUUAGCUGGACACUACUCCUAUGUCUCAGCUGUGUCAAAUCGUUUAAUCUCGAUGUGAAUGCUCCGAUCUACAGGUAUGGUCCCAGUGGGACCAACUUUGGAUAUUCCGUUGCUGAACAUUUCAAAGGGGAUAAGCCUGUAAUGCUGAUCGGAGCUCCACGUGGCGAGUCUGGGCAAACGGGUACCGAACGAGCGGGUGCAAUGUACGCGUGUGAUAUUAACACAUUUUAUAAUGGUGGAUCAAAUCACUGGUGUGAACAGGUGCGAUUUGAGUAUGAAAACGUUGAGGAUUAUGCGAAACGACCCAACGAAACACGUGGCAGAACGGUGCAUCCAUUGGGAAAGAAUGAUCAGUUGUUGGCCUCAACGAUUGUUUCGAAAGGAACAAAGAAUGGUAGUGCUUUGGUGUGUGCUCCAUUAAUACGUUACCAUCAAACUGCUGCAUAUCCACAAGGAGCUUGCUAUGAACUUGAAUCGAACCUUCGUCUUCAAUCAACAUACGCAACUUGUGCUCAAAAGAAUCUUCCAACAACAGAUCGUCACAACGAGUAUGGAGGAUGUAUGGAAGGAUUUUCAGCAGCAAUUACUCAGGAUACCAUCGUGACCGGACUCAUUGGAGCUGUAAAAUGGACUGGUGGUGUUUUUGCAAAGAAAUCGUCAGCAAACAUUUUCGAUUCAGUCGUUGAAAAAUACACAAUGAAUCAACCAAAUGGAGAUAUGAUUCGUACACGAUUAGUUGCACAUGAUUAUCUUGGAUAUUCUGUAGAUAUUGGAAGAUUCGGUUUUUGGUAUGAAGAUGGAAAACCGAUAACCGUAGUCUCAGGAGCUACAAGAUACGGAGAACAUGGAGCUGUAAUAUUCCUCCCGUUUAUUCAAGAUUCAAGUUCAAAACUUACUCUGAAUGAAGACAAAUUUAUUAUUAAUGGAACUGCAAUGGGAUCUGCAUUUGGGUAUUCGAUUGAAGUUGUUGACUUGAAUGGAGAUGGAUUUGAUGAUCUAAUUGUUGGAGCACCAUUUGAACAUCGAUCUGGAAUUGAUGGAAACUUUGGAGGAAUCGUCUAUGUUUACUUUUCUCAAGGAGUUCAGAGAAAACAACAUGAAUCUCAUCUAGUCUUCCACCCACCAAAGAUUCUAAAGAAUCCAGAUUUCUACUCACAAUUUGGACUUUCAAUUACUAAAUUGGGAAAUGUAGACGGAGAUAAAAGUAAACUCAACGACUUUGCAGUUGGUGCUCCAUUUGCAUUUGAUGGAGCUGGAGCAGUUUAUAUUUAUCUUGGAACUAAAAACAUUGAAAAGUUCCGAAAGAAACCGGCUCAAGUGAUAAAAGGAAAUGAUCUUCCAAAUCUUCCGCCAGGUGGAAUGAGAUCAUUUGGAUUCUCACUUUCUGGAGGUUCUGAUAUGGAUGAGAAUGGAUAUCCCGAUCUUCUCAUUGGAUCUCCUUCGAAGAAUUUUGUUGCAUUGCUUCGUUCUAGACCAGUAAUAAGUAUUGAGACCAAGCACAAAAUGGAGAAGAGAAUGGUUGAUAUCGACAAAGGUGUCAAUUGUCCACGUGGAGCAAAGACUUGUUUCCCGCUUGAUAUGGUGAUCUAUGUGGAUGAGGAAACAAAGAGAGGCGCCGAACUUGUCGAUUUCUCAUCUGAUGUAUUUAUGUGUAAUCUGGAAGCUAUUCCAUUUAGAGCUGACACAACGGCAAGAGGAUUCAUUGAAGGAAGUCAUUCACACAAUUAUAGUUGGCCAUGUGGAAGUAAUAGUCACGUACAGAAACGAACUUACCGGCAGCUAAUCUAUUUGCCAGUUCAAGAAUCAAAAGAUUGGAUUACACCUUUGAAGUUUAGAUUUACUGUCAGCAUUCGAAACGAAAAGAAGCCUGUGCAACCACCACAAGGAAGCCAAUUGGUCGACUUGAAGCACUACCCAGUCCUCAACAAAUAUGGUGCAUCAUAUGAGUUUGAUGUUCCAUUCAAUACGCUUUGCGGAGAAGAUCACACUUGUCAGACUGAUUUGUCAUUGAAAGCCGCCUUCAAGGAUAUUCCACUAACAUCAAAUGGAUACGUUUCAAAUGUCGGCGAAAAGGAUUAUCUGGACUUGACAUUCACUGUGGAAAACAAGAAAGAAAAGGCUUAUCAAGCGAAUUUUUAUCUAGAAUAUAAUGAAGAAGAGCUUGAACUUCCACAAGUUCAAGGUUCCAAGAGAAUGAUUGCUGAAACAAUUGGAAAGAAUAUUGUGCAUUUGCCACUUGGAAAUCCAAUGAAUGGAGCAUCAAAACAUCAAUUUACGAUCCAAUUCAAAUUGACUCGUGGAAGAACUGAAGGAAUUGGAAAGGCACUCAAAUUCAUGGCACAUGUCAAUUCCACGUCACAAGAAACCGAGGAAGAGUUGAAAGAUAAUAAAUGGGAAGCUGAAGUUCAGAUUAUCAAGAAGGCAGAGCUGGAGAUCUAUGGAAUCAGUGACCCUGAUAGAGUAUUCUUUGGAGGAAAAGCAAGAGCAGAGUCUGAAUUGGAAUUGGAAGAAGAUAUUGGAACAAUGGUUAGACAUAACUAUACAAUUAUUAAUCAUGGUCCAUGGACUGUUCGAAAUGUGGAAGCACACAUUUCUUGGCCUUAUCAACUCCGUUCUAGGUUUGGAAGAGGAAAGAAUGCUCUCUAUCUAUUGGAUGUACCGACUAUUACAACAGAAUUCACAGAUGGAACAAGUGAAGUUAGAAAGUGUUUCAUCAAACAACAGUACGAAUAUGUGAAUCCUGCAGAAAUUAAAUUGAACACUAAAUAUAGUACUCAAGAGACUGCUCCACAUCGGGUAGAGCAUAGAAUGAAAAGAGAAAUUGAUGAGGAUGAGGAAGAACAAUCAGAUGAUCUAGGAGCCGUGGAAGAGAAUAUUCCUUGGUUCUCAACAGCUAAUUUCUGGAAUCUUUUUGCAAUUAAAGGAGGUGAUGGACGACCUAGAGAAGUUAAACAUUUGAGCUGCCAAGACAACACUGCCAAUUGUUUCACCGUCAUUUGCCACUUCGAUUUCAUCGAUGCCAAUUCUGCAGUAGUCAUUGAUUUACGUGCAAGACUCUGGAAUGCAACGUUCAUUGAGGAUUAUUCAGAUGUUGAAAGUGUGAAGAUCCGAUCGUUCGGAAAACUUCAAUUAGACGAAUCACAAGGAAUUGAUGACGAUCCGAAUAACAAUGCAGCUUUCGUUGAAACAUCUGCUGAUCCUGAUAGGCCUACAAUUGGAGACUCUCGACCUAUCCCGUGGUGGAUAUACGUCAUUGCAGCUGUUAUUGGUGUUCUCAUUUUGUCACUAAUUAUAAUUUGUCUUUCAAAAUGUGGUUUCUUCAAACGAAAUCGUUUGGAUCAGCCAUCAUUAUACACUGCUCAACUCAAACAUGAACGAGAAGAAUGGGCUGAUACGGGACUUUAGAUGCCUCUUUAUUUCUUUUUUCGACUGGAUCUCUGUGAUGUUUUAUUCACUUUGUUUGUUUCCAUUUAUGUGAUACCAUUUUCCUGUUUUGUUCCCUCAAUGAUUUUCCUCCCAACUUCACUUUAAACAUUUAAGUUUUUUUUAAAUAUUUAAAUGUAUGACAUUUUUCAAAUCUUGUAGUCAAGUUUAUUGAAACCAUCUUGACAAAUAUUUCACCGGUGCCAUUUUCAUGUUUUUUGUCAAACAAAAAGUGCUAUAAUUAUUAAUAAAUUAUUUUCAAUUCCCUCA